UUUCACUUUUCACAACCCCAUAGAUGAUUUCCAAAAACUCGUCUGCUUUAGACCUCCUAGAGUACGAAGAAAAGACAAAAGCAGAACGGUAUAUCUUGAUCGGAUGGUGUGUCCUCGUCCUUGUGAUGAACCUAGCAGGGAACUCUAUCAUCCUUCUCUCCACAAUCCGUUACAGAGCCAUCAGACUGGACAGAGUCAGCGUCCUCCUCAUCAAGAACAUUGCUGUUAGUGACAUUCUGCUGGCAGUUUUUGCAGUGCAUCCAACCCUCGUGUCCCUUAUCUGGGACAAGUGGCCGUAUGGCACAUUCCUGUGCAGCAUGUUUGCUAGCCUUGGUAAUUUGUGUGCUAUCUCUGGUAUCCUACUGGUAUGUGCCAUGCACAUCAGCAAGCUCCUUUCUCUUCUCUACCCUCUACAUUCCAUCGGACGAACCACUAGAUCUGGACAUCGGAUCAGUAUUUCUAUCUGGCUCCUCUCUGCUGUUUCUCCCAUCACAAAUAUCAUAGUGGACAAACAAAGCUUCUACUUUAACUACAAGACUUACAAGUGCUGCUUCUCAGCUACAGCCCCCAUAAUGAAGUGGUUAUUACCCGUCAAAGGUUUUAUAUUCAUUAUAAUCCCCAACCUUCUGGUGCUUUGCACCACCGUAGCUCUGUUGAGCGUGGUAAAGAAAGCCACUGGGAGGUUUUAG